AUGAUUUGGAAUCUCAAAUAUGACAAAUGUGAAUAUACUACCAAAGAACUUAAAAAAAUCAUUCAAGAGCUUAAUAAUAAUGAACCAGGUGAAGUUAUAAUCAAAAAUAAUCAAGUUUAUUGGUGUAAAUUUUCUCCUGAAUUUAAAAAACAUUAUUUACGAGAUUAUCUAUAUUGCAAAGAAUUAUCUAAUUAUAAGCAACAAAUAUGUGCUUCAGAUUCAGAUUUAUUACAAUUAAAAAAUCAACAUUCUGAAAUUGACAAUAAUAUAGAAAAGGAAGUAUCUAGACCUGAUUCUGAUAAUAGUGAAUAUACUUCUUAA